AUGUAUACCUCUUUGCUUCUCGCACUCGCGCCUGCUGCCGCCCUUGCAGCACCCCUCCUCCAACAGCGAGAUGCUCUACCUGGCAAAUACAUCGUUAAAAUGAAGAGCGACACAAUGUCAACCAUGAGCUCGAUGACAGCCGACCUAGCGAACGUCCCGGAGCACGAGUACUCCUUCAGUGGUUUCACGGGCUUUGCCGGUACCCUCUCAGACACCGAGCUUGCGAACCUCAAAGCAUCGUCCGCUGUCGACUACAUCAUCCAGGAUGCUGAGGUGACGACUCAAGAUAUUCAGUAUGAAGCGGAUGCUCCAUGGGGCCUCGGCCGUAUCUCUCACGUUGAGAAGGGCAACACUACCUACGCCUAUGACUCAUCAGCUGGCGAGGGCACUUGCGCCUAUGUCAUUGAUACUGGCAUCCUUACGACCCAUCCGGAGUUUGAAGGGCGCGCUGAGUGGCUGGAGAACUUUACUGGCGACGGCGAUGACUCGGAUGGCGCAGGUCACGGCACUCACGUCGCUGGUACUAUUGGUUCCGUCACUUACGGCGUUGCCAAGAAGACUAAGCUGUAUGCCGUCAAGGUGCUUGACGCCUCAGGCUCCGGUACCUACUCUGGAGUGAUUGCUGGCAUUGAUUACGUGGCGACCGACCAUACUACUCGCGACUGCCCCAAGGGCUCUGUUGCCAAUAUGUCCCUUGGUGGAGGAAAAAACCAAGCUGUCAACGACGCUGUAGCAGCCGCCGUAGCCUCAGGUGUCUUCUUUGCCAUCGCCGCAGGAAACAACAACGGUAAUGCCGCGAACUACUCUCCUGCAUCGGAGCCUACUGCUUUCACCGUGGCCGCCUCCGACAUCAACGAUGCAAAGGCCUCUUUCUCCAACUACGGCGCUCUCGUUGACAUCUGGGGCCCUGGCGUCAGCAUUCUCAGCACGUGGAACGAUGGCUCGACCAACACUAUCAGCGGCACAUCGAUGGCUACUCCCCACAUUGCCGGACUGGCCGCCUACCUUUUGGGUACUGAUGUUGCUACCGUGGACACCGUUGGCCAGACCAUCGUCGAUCUGGCUACGAAGGAUGUCCUGACGGGUGUACCCGCCGGAACCAUCAAUGCUGUGGCGUUCAACGGUGUCACCGCUUAG